AACCGGGAUUGCGAUUGCGAGUGACCCCGGUGGGAAACUGGGACUGUCAGGUUGCGUGGUUCGUCGGUAGUGAGCGGAGGAGCAGCAGGUUGUCGUUAGGAGCCCGGGGAGGAUUACUCGGGUUGUCCGUUCUCUGGGGUCUGUCGUGUUCUGGACUACACUUUCCAGAGGCCUCCGGAUGUAACGUCACUUCCUUCUAAGGUGGUCAGCUCCGUAGUGCUGGAGCGAGUGGAACGGCGCGGCGACCGAGGCCAUUGGUUUCUUCCGGGACUGGGGGACGUGAGCCUGACGCUGGGGAAGCUGAAGGACUGCACUUCUCCAUGAGAAGAAGCCAGAGGAGGACUCAUAAAUUGAAAUUCUAAGCCAUGCCUUGUAGGUUGGUGUUGUUCAAGGAUGUGGCCAUAGACUUCUCUCAGGAGGAGUGGGAAUGCCUGGACUUGGAACAGAAGGAUUUGUACAGAGAUGUGAUGUUGGAAAACUAUAACAAUCUGGUCUCACUGGCAGGAUUUUCCAUUUCUAAGACAGAUGUACUUUCCUUAUUGAAACAAGGGAAAGAGCCCUGGAAGGUUGUACAGGAUGUGACAAGAAGUCAGAGUUCAGCCUGGGAAUCCAGAUGUGAGACCAAAAAGCUGUUCUCAACAAAAGGAAUUUAUGAAAUAGAAUCAUCUCAGUGGGAGACCAUAGAACAGCUUACAAGACUUAAGUGUGAUUGUAAAAGUCUUCAAGAUGAUAGGGAAUGCAAAGAACAGUUUGAAAGCCAAUUGGGAAAUAAAGAGGGAUUUUUCAAGCAACUACUAAUCACUUGUAAAGGAAUCCCCAAUUUUAGCCAGACUGCAUCCCUUAUGUUAAAACAAAGAAUUAAUUUUCCUGAGAAAUCCUAUGAAUGUGAAGCAUGCAGAAAAUACUUUAUCCAUGGCUUUCAACUGACUGAACAUCAGAAAGCUCAUUCUGAUGAAAAAUUCUAUGAAUGUAAAGGACAGGCCUUUAUUCGGGGUUCAGAACUAACUUACCAUCAGAGAGUUCAUGUUGUUAAGAAACCCUAUGAAUGUAAGGAAUGUGGAAAAGCCUUUAUUUGUGCCUCACAGCUUACUUAUCAUCAAAGAAUUCAUACUGGGGAGAAACCUUAUAAAUGUAAAGAGUGUGGGAAGGCCUUUAUUCGUGGCUCUCACCUUACCCAGCAUCAAAGAAUUCAUACUGGUGAACGACCCUAUGAAUGUAAUGAAUGUGGUAAGGCCUUUUUUCGUGGCUCUCAACUUACUUACCACCAGAGAGUUCAUACUGCAGAGAAACCCUAUCAAUGUAAAGAAUGUGGAAAGGCCUUUAUUCGUGGCUCCCAACUUACUGAACAUCAGAGAAUUCAUACGGGUGAGAAACCCUAUGAAUGUAAGAAAUGUGGGAAAGCCUUUAGUUAUGGAUCACAGCUUACCCUGCAUCACAGACUUCAUACUGGUGAAAAGCCCUAUAAAUGUAAAGACUGUGAAAUGUCCUUUAUUCGUGGCUCACAACUUACCGAACAUCAGAGGAUUCAUACAGGUAAGAAACCACAUGAAUGUAAGCAGUGUGGGAAGGCUUUUAACUAUGGCUCACAGCUUAUUCGACACCAGAGGAUUCACACUGGAGAGAAACCUUAUGAAUGUCAAGAAUGUGGGAAGUCAUUUAUUCGUGGCUCACAACUUACUGAACAUCAAAAAAUUCACACUGGUGAAAAACCUUUUGAAUGUAAGGAAUGUGGGAAAGCCUUUAUUCGUGGCUCACAUCUUACUCAGCAUCAGAGGAUUCAUACUGGUGAAAAACCCUAUGAAUGUAAAGAGUGUGGGAAGGCCUUUAUUUAUAGCUCACAACUGACUCAGCAUCAGAGAAUUCAUACAGGUGAGAAUCCCUAUGAAUGUAAGCAGUGUGGGAAGAUCUUUAUUUGUGCCUCACAACUUACUCUACAUCAGAUUUCUCAUUCUGGUAAGAAGCCAUAUGAAUGUAAAGAAUGUGGUAAGACUUUUAUUCGUGGCUCACAGCUGACUUACCAUCAGAGAGUUCAUACUGGUGAGAAGCCCUAUGAGUGUAAUGAAUGUGGGAAAGCCUUUAUUCGUGGUUCACAUCUUACUCAGCACCAGAGAAUUCAUACUGGUGAGAAACCAUACAAAUGUAAUGAAUGUGGGAAGGCCUUUAAUCGUGGCUCACAACUUACUCAACAUCAGAGAAUUCAUUCUGGUGAGAAGCCUUAUAAAUGUAACGAAUGUGGUAAGGACUUCAGACGUCAUUCACACCUCACUCAACAUCAUAAACUUCAUAAUUGAGAAAAACUUUAUGAAAAUAUAAAUUUAUUAAAUCCUUUGAUUGCUCAUUGAUACUCAGCUUUGGAAUAUCAGAAAAUUCAGAUUAUCAAAGUGGGAAUCCUUUUUUACUUUCAUCCAUAGGUAACUCUAUCAGAAAAUUCAAACAGAGAGAGGCUAGUGUAAUAUAAUGGAGAAUCAGUUUCCAUCAUUUUUCAAUCUUUGUUAGACAUUGGUGAAUUUAUACAAGAGCACAACCAUAAAAUGUAGGGUUUUCUUGUUUGGCAUCAUUCUCUUGUUCAGCAUGAUCUGAACUCCACCAUUUACUACACAUGUAUUCCUUUGGAAAAAGCUAGUUAACCCCUGUUUGCUUUAGUUUUUUCAUUUAUAAAACAUUAAAGUCACUCUCAUUAUAAUGAUUCAAAGAUGCAAAUACAUAAAGAGCCUUAAAGCAAUGUGUAAUACAUAGUUUAUAUUAAAUAAAUAUUAGUUAUUACUGUAA